CUACUACUCAAGAUGUUCAUAACGGCAUCAGAACGUUCAUCACAGUCGUUAGUUUCGUGAGUCACAAUCAUAGUGACAAUUGUGAUGGAAGCCUUUACACCAAAACGUAGUAAUUUUCAUACUUUACAUAAAAAAAUCCUUAGUUCCCAUUCUCUAAUAUUCCAGUUUGACAAUUUCAAAGCAUUAUAUUCCUAACCCAGUUCACUGAAUUAAUUUCCUUAUCUUUUCCUUCAUUUGCCUGCGGCCAAUAUGGGCUGAAGGAGAAAUGUCAGUUGAAUUCUUCAGCAGCAGUUCCGGCAGCAGCAAGUCCAAGCAGCCCCCUGCAUAUUUUCCCCAGAGGGUCUCUCCAUAUAUCCUCGAGACCCAGAAUCCUACUGCAUUGACAACACCGUCCAAUCCUGAUUCUGAUUCUGAACUUGAUUCUUCUUUGGAUGACAAUUCAGGUAAUUACUCUUAUUCCUCUGAAUCUGAACCAGAAAUUGAGGUAAUCGAUACUUACAAAGAUUAAGGAUCUCUAGCCUGAACUGAUUUUUCCAUGCGGCUGUUUCGGUUUUUAAACUGUUAUGUCUGUGUCUUGUAGGAAACGAACAGAAAAUCAGCAUUGAUUGAGGCCAGAGAGAAUAUAGAAGGAAAACAAAAGCAGCCUGUUUCC